UCCGUGCGAAGAGUAAGCUCAUAGGCCAGCCACCUAGUUCUGCCUGUGUUACAGUGAAGAGGAGCUGUUUAGAAGAUGAAGCCCUUGACCUUGUUAAUACAGAUAUUGAUAAUUAUUGGGGUCACAAUUAAAAAUAUGGAAGCAGAAAGAUACAAUAAAAGACAAAAGGAAAGAAAUAUUACCACACAGGUAUCAGUGAACAAAGUCAAACGGCUUUUAACACAAAUAUUGGAACAAAGAAAACUGAAUAAAUUAACCAAUAAAAGAGAGUAUCUCUUAGAGAAAAAGAAGGGUCAGCAUAAACUAAAAAUAAAAGGAAUUCAAAAUAAAGAUGUCCCGAGGAGAAAUAAAAUUCAUUUAAAAAAGCAAGCAAAGAAAAACUUCACAGAUCAAGGAGAUGAGCUAUUUAACAUGGGCAUCAAGAUUCUCCAGGAAUCUAAAGGCCAAAAGCAUAAAGCAGAAGCCUACAUGCUUUUUGCCAAAGCAGCUGACAUGGGAAAUUUGAAAGCAAUGGAGAAAAUGGCUGAUGCUUUGCUAUUUGGAAAUUUUGGCAUGCAAAACAUAACAGCAGCUAUCCAAUUAUAUGAAUCCCUGGCUAAAGAAGGAUCAUACAAAGCCCAAAAUGCUUUAGGAUUUUUGUCUUCUUAUGGAAUAGGAAUGGAAUACGAUCAAGCCAAGGCAUUGAUAUAUUAUACCUUUGGAAGUGCUGGAGGAAGCAUGAUGUCCCAGAUGAUUCUGGGGUACCGGUAUUUGUCAGGAAUCAAUGUUCUACAAAAUUGUGAAGUUGCGCUAAAUCAUUACAAGAAAGUAGCAGAUUAUAUUGCUGACAAGUUGGAAAAAAGUGAAGGUAUUCCAGUGGAAAAAGUGAGACUCACUGAGAGGCCUGAAAAUUUGAGUUCUAACAGUGAGAUUUUGGAUUGGGACAUAUACCAAUACUAUAAAUUUUUGGCAGAAAGAGGAGAUGUUCAGAUACAAGUAUCUCUUGGACAAUUACAUCUUAUUGGGAGGAAAGGUCUAGAUCAAGAUUACUAUAAAGCAUUAUACUAUUUCUUAAAGGCAGCAAAGGCUGGGAGUGCAAAUGCCAUGGCAUUUAUAGGAAAGAUGUAUUUAGAAGGGAAUGCGGCAGCACCACAAAACAAUGCUACUGCCUUCAAAUAUUUUUCCAUGGCAGCUGAUAAGGGCAAUGCAAUUGGUCUUUAUGGCCUUGGUCUCCUUCACUUUCAUGGAAAAGGUAUCCCUGUGAAUUAUGCCGAAGCACUUAAAUACUUUCAGAAAGCUGCAGAGAAAGGAUGGCCUAAUGCACAGUUCCAGUUAGGCUUCAUGUACUACUCUGGCUCUGGAGUGUGGAAGGAUUAUAAACUGGCCUUCAAAUAUUUUUACUUGGCCUCUCAGAGUGGGCAGCCUCUUGCCAUUUAUUACCUGGCGGAGAUGUACGCCACAGGAACGGGAGUGUUGAGAUCAUGUAGAACUGCUGUGGAGAAAAGGCAAACAUUCUUGAGAAAGAGAAGAUGUAUCCAAUGGCACUUCUCUUAUGGAAUCGAGCUGCUGUUCAAGGACAUCCACUUGGCCAGGAGAUUGUAUGACAUGGCUGCUCAAACAAGUCCAGAUGCUCACAUACCUGUGUUCUUUGCCCUUAUGAAACUGGAAACAAUGCAUUUGCUCCGAGACAUCCUGUUUUUUAACUUUACAAUGAGAUGGAAAUGGAUGAAAUUGGACAACACCGUUGGACCAUACUGGGAUUUAUUUGUGAUUGGCCUACUUGUUGCCACACUGAUUCUCUUGCUUAGAAAUCACUAUAGGUAGGCUCUGGAUGAUCCAAAAACAUGCUCAUGAGUUCAUGCUAAGCUAUCUUCAAAAAUAAAGAAUUUCCUCAACCAAAUCAAGAACCUGCUUGCAGAUUUUUCACACAGUCCUGUAACAGGAAGUACACAAAGCUUGAGACCUGUCCUAGAGAAACAACUUCAAAGACUUGUAGUAGUAGUAGUGCAUUCCUAUAAUCCCAGCUAUGGUCGGUGAAGGAGAAUAUAGGAUUAUUG